CUUGAACUGGGAGAUGCAGUGGAUGUGAACUCGUCGAUUGAGUACUCCGACCUCCCCCGAUCUGAACAACAUCUUUCAGAUUCGAAAAGUGUGAAGUCCAUUCAAAUUUCGGAUCUGAAAAAGCCUUGGGUAAACCCAAUCAUCGUUCGGUUCAGUGAUUGUUCCAUUGAAAUAGACCCGGGAUGGAGGUUGAGGAAAAAGUACGGGGACAACCUAGUGAGUGACACGUUCGAAGGGCUGGAUGGAAUGGAGGAAGAAGGGGAUGAGGCUACCUCCAGAUAUUUUGAUGGUGAGGAGGCAUAUGGGGUUGGUGAUUCCGCUGAUGAAGUAUUUGCAGACACUCCUCCUUAUACAAAGGGUACAUGUGGAACUGGCAGCUCCAUAUCCUCUUCCUCAACUUCGGUGUUAGGCUCAAAGGGAGGCAUAUCUGCUAAAGUACUUGCAGCAGAGGGAGAUUCGGGAGGCAUAUUAGGAAGCUCAGAGACAAAAGAGGAAAACUGAGUUGUCUUAGUUUCCAUUUUUUGGGAGUAAUUCAUGUGUACUUGGGGGGAGUAAAUGAGGGGUAUAUAUAGGCUAGAAGUAAUUUUGGGUGGGAAAGGUUUCUAUUUUUACUUUUGGAGGGAAGCUGAAAAAUCAAACCCUUUACUAUAUUGUUUUGUACAAAAUCUGUAUUGUUUUUUUGUAGAGGGGUACAAAUUACCCUCUCUCUCCUCUUGUCUGUUGUCAACAAAUAUUAAU